AUGGGGGAUGCAGAAAAUUCGGGGUCAAAAGAUGCUGGAAAUGCAGAAGAUGUAGAAGGACGCAUCAUUCUAAAUGUUGGAGGUGUCAAGUAUGAAACUCGCAGGUCGACACUAACAGCCCAUCCGUCCACAUUGCUUGGCACCAUGUUUCAACAACGUAAUCAAACCAUGCUGCAUCCAACCAAUGGUAACGAAUAUUUCAUUGAUCGAGAUGGAAAAUUGUUCCGUUACGUUUUACAAUUCUAUCGAACAAAUAAAGUCAUAUUUCCAGAGCCAGGCGUGGAUCACAUAAACCGCGAAGAAUUGGAGAAAGAAUAUGAUUACUUUCAACUUCCACAUGUUGUAUCACCCACCUCGGUCGUCGAACCACCAAACAAAUCCUCACCAAUUCGAAAGUUGGUGUCAAGGAAGCUCGAUGAGUUCGUUUCCGCCCUAAGAACGAUAAUAUUGGAAGUGUCACGCUCAAUGUUGGACGCGAGUUUGGAUGAUUUUAAUGUCACCAUAACGAUCACUUUUUCAAAGGAUGGUCUUGCGGGUGGCAUGACUUCGUUAACGCUUAAACCGAAAAAUGAAGGAGUGUCGAAAUUAAUCUGGAAAAUAAUGUACGACCAUGCUCGCAUCGGAUAUUUUAUGCUACUAAGAUUUGGCGAGGAGAUUGGAAAUUGUUUGUCAAACGAGAUGCCAGAAAUAAGUUGGGAAUUGAAUCAUAAAAUAUAUGGUCAAUAUGAAAGGUUCUAUGAUAUCAAAUUGACAAUUGGAUAUAAAUUUAAUAGGGAUGAAGUUUUAAUCAAUUCUUGCUUGGCCGAUGUUUAUUGA